CUCCAGGACCGGCAAGGCAGGAGGGAGUGGUCAGCACGCCUGUUCCGCUAGCCGCCCCCUCUAGCCCGUAGUCUCGCUGCCCCGAGCCGCCCGUGCCCGCCGGCGGGCCGGGCCCACAAACAGCCCAGGCGCUCGGGGGGCGCGCGGGGGGCGGGGGGAGUUCCGGUUCCGGUUCUUUGUGCAGCUGCAGCGGCGGCUCCGGGAAGAUGGCGGCCCGGGCGGGUUUCCAGUCUGUGGCUCCGAGCGGCGGCGCCGGAGCCUCAGGCGGAGCGGGCGUGGCGGCUGCUCUGGGCCCAGGCGGAACUCCCGGGCCUCCCGUGCGAAUGGGCCCGGCGCCGGGUCAAGGGCUGUACCGCUCCCCGAUGCCCGGGGCGGCCUAUCCGAGACCAGGUAUGCUGCCAGGCAGCCGAAUGACACCUCAGGGACCUUCUAUGGGACCUCCUGGCUAUGGGGGGAACCCUUCAGUCCGCCCUGGCCUGGCCCAGUCAGGAGUGGACCAGUCCCGCAAGAGACCUGCGCCUCAACAGAUCCAGCAGGUCCAGCAGCAGGCAGUCCAAAACCGAAAUCACAAUGCAAAGAAAAAGAAGAUGGCCGACAAAAUCCUACCUCAGAGGAUUCGGGAAUUGGUGCCAGAAUCACAGGCCUAUAUGGAUCUCCUGGCUUUUGAAAGGAAACUGGACCAGACUAUUAUGAGGAAACGGCUAGAUAUCCAGGAGGCCUUGAAACGGCCCAUCAAGCAAAAACGGAAGCUGCGAAUUUUCAUUUCUAACACUUUCAAUCCGGCUAAGUCGGAUGCCGAGGAUGGGGAAGGGACGGUGGCCUCCUGGGAGCUUCGGGUAGAAGGACGGCUCCUGGAGGACUCGGCCUUGUCCAAAUAUGAUGCCACCAAGCAAAAGAGAAAGUUCUCUUCCUUUUUUAAGUCCUUGGUGAUUGAACUGGACAAAGACCUCUAUGGGCCAGACAACCAUCUGGUAGAAUGGCACAGGACCGCCACUACCCAGGAGACCGACGGCUUCCAGGUGAAGCGGCCGGGCGACGUGAACGUGCGGUGUACGGUCCUGCUGAUGCUCGAUUACCAGCCGCCCCAGUUUAAAUUAGACCCUCGCCUGGCUCGGCUCUUGGGCAUCCAUACGCAGACGCGUCCAGUGAUCAUCCAGGCACUGUGGCAAUAUAUUAAAACACAUAAGCUCCAGGACCCACACGAGCGAGAGUUUGUUGUCUGUGACAAGUACCUCCAGCAGAUCUUUGAAUCUCAGCGGAUGAAGUUUUCAGAGAUCCCUCAGCGGCUCCAUGCCUUGCUUAUGCCACCAGAACCCAUCAUCAUUAAUCACGUCAUCAGUGUUGACCCCAAUGACCAGAAGAAGACAGCCUGCUAUGACAUUGAUGUGGAAGUGGAUGACACUUUGAAGACCCAGAUGAAUUCUUUCCUGCUGUCCACUGCCAGCCAGCAGGAGAUUGCUGCUCUAGACAACAAGAUCCACGAGACAAUAGAAACUAUCAACCAGCUGAAGACCCAGCGAGAGUUCAUGCUGAGCUUUGCCCGAGACCCUCAGGGUUUCAUCAAUGAUUGGCUCCAGUCCCAGUGCCGGGACCUCAAGACUAUGACUGAUGUGGUGGGAAACCCGGAAGAGGAGCGCCGUGCCGAGUUCUACUUCCAGCCUUGGGCUCAGGAGGCUGUGUGCCGGUACUUCUACUCCAAGGUGCAGCAGAGGCGGCAAGAGUUAGAGCAAGCCCUAGGAAUCCGAAAUACAUAGGGCGCCUGUGGCCCUGCCUUGGCUGCACCAAUCCUUUCCUUUGGGCCCUGUGCUGCCUGCCUCAGUGUGCCUGUCUUGGUCUUGCUUGAGGCAUUCCAGGCGAUGCUGUUGGUCCAGGACAGCAUCACAAUGAAGAGCGUGUCCCAUUUCUGUCUCACAGGCACCUGUUACCCUCUCCUCCACCCCAGCCUCCCACCCCAGCUCUUCCCCUCGAAGCUCCCAUGUGCCUCUACCUCCCCAUCUCAUCCCCGGUCUACAGAGGACCUCUAGAUAGUGUUAGAGAUCCGUAGUGGUGACCAGUGCUCUGAGUGGCUGUGGCCUCCUGAGGUCAGGUGGUCUUCAGGGAGACCAGCUACACUGACCCUGCGCUUGGCAGGAGACCCUCUCAGGCCUCGGGCACUCCUGGUGACCUGACUUCCUGCCUCCCCCCCACAGGCGGGAGCUGAUUGUCCUUUACACCUUGCCCUCAGCACUAAAGGCGCCCAGGGUCUUGGGCUUCCCUGAGCCCCAGCUGGUCCUUGCCUCUGCACUGACCUGCUGUCUCAGUGGUCUAACCCCUUAGCGGGGUCCAUGUCAGUAUUGGAGUGUGUGUUGAACUGUUGCUCCCUCCCACACCACACACUCCCGUAGCUGCCCGGUUAGGAUUUCCCUACAGUUGCCCUAACCCAUGGCAUUUGGGUAAGGGAUUUUGCCUUUCCCUGUCAGAGCCCCAGGGACCGAAGCUGGGGUGCUGUCUGUCAUUCCCAGCAGAGACUGUCCCUUCCUGCUGUUAAGAGGAGUGGCUUGUUCAUUCACUCCACCUGCCCCUCCCUUAAGUGGAGAAACAGGCCUAAAAUCAAACGGGUAAAGCCCUAGGCCAUCCCUGUCUUCCUGCCCCAGGUCUGCCCAGUUGAAACCCACUGGCGGCUUCCAGGGCACUGAGGAGUAAAAGCGCCUAGGGCUGGAGAAUAGGUCUGCCAUGGGUUUGUGACUCCCCACCCCCGCCCUCAAAGCUUCAGACCCCUCAGGUAGCAGCAGGAUGUGUGAUCUUGGCCCCAUGGGACAGAUGGUUUUGCAUCUUCCAGGGGAGCCUUAGAUUGUUCCAGGUCUUAUCACCGGAGUUAGCAUGUCCCAGGCUCGCAGACAACACUGCAGGGUGGGAGACAGCUGGGCACAGGGGAUUCCGUGCACAUGGGCUCAGAACCCACAGAACUGACAAAGCCCCUGCUUCCCCACCCCCACCUCAGGCUCCUGCGAGCAGUGCUCCUGCCCUUCCUGCCUGUUCUUACUGGGAACAGCAGUCUCC